CCCACGGGUGCCUGUCUGUAGCGUGCGAAGCCCAGGAGCGUUGGGCAAUUGUGGUUUUCCUCCCAGCCCGCAGGACCCAGCCGUGCAAGCCUAGCCUGGGCAUCUAGAGCCUCAUCCACGUAGGCAUGGAGGAGACAGUGGUGCGGCCCUCGGUGUUCGUGGUGGACGGACAGACGGACAUCCCGUUCAGGAAGCUGGAGCGCAAGCCCCGGAGACAGGCUUGCAGCGCUGCCCGGCUGAGUCUGGUCCUCCUGCUGCUGCUGCUUGUGGCCGGGCUGGCCCUACAGGGGUGGUUUCUGCUGCACCUGCACUGGCGCCUGGGACAAAUAGUCACCUCAUUGCCGGAGAGAGAUGCAGGAUCCUGGGAGCAGCUGACGCCAGAGGCAAGGUCCCACAAGACGAACCCGGCAGCACAUCUGACAGGGGCCAACUUCAGCUUGACCAGCAGUGGGGGCCCGCUGCUAUGGGAGUCGAAGCUGGGCCUGGCCUUCUUGAGGAACCUCCGCUACCAAGAGGGUGCCCUGGUGAUUGUCCAAGCCGGCUACUAUUAUAUCUACUCCAAGGUGCAGCUAGGGGGAGUGGGCUGCCCAAAGGGGCUGGCCAGAGGCCUGCCCAUCACCCACGGCCUCUACAAGCGCACACCCCGCUAUCCCAAGGAGCUGGAGCUGCUGGUCAGCAGGCAGUCAACCUGCGAGCAAGGGACUGGCUCCCGCGUCUGGUGGGACAGCAGCUUUCUAGGUGGCGUGGUGCACCUGGACGCAGGGGAGGAGGUGGUCGUCCGGGUGCUGGAGGAGCGCCUGAUCCGGCUUCGGGAUGGUACACGGUCCUACUUCGGGGCCUUCAUGGUGUGAAGAAUGGAGCAGUAGCCGGUUGACAGGGGGUCUGACUGGAGAGGUGCCUCAGGAGACAGACAAUCCAGCUAGUAGAGACCUCUCCAGAACUCAGCACUUGGGGAGCCAGCAGGCACCUCAAGGGGCCAAAAACCCAGCCACCCCUAGAGCUUGGAGACAUUGCUUGAUAACCACGUGUGACACAACACAAGUUAUCAACACAACCCCACACACCCACACAGGCUGAACAGUCACACACAUGAUCAUCACAUCAGACUUCCACAUGCCACGUCACAGUCAGACUCAUCACACACACACAGCAUCAUGAUCUCACACACACACACACACACACACACUCACACACACACACACACACACAGCCUGAGGUUCCUAUCAGCCAAGAUGAACACAUCCCGGGUAAGGACCAGACAUUGUCUGUAACCCUGGGCCUUUGACUGCUGGUCUUGGAAUAAAUGGCAAAUGCUGCAUCUUGGUCAACCUCGUCAUAAGGCAAGAGUGGCUUGUAGAGACAGAGGGAUCGAUGGAAUGACUCACAGACAUCACUUUAUGGAUAAGAACCCUGAACCCAGCUGGCUCAGCUCCAUGCAGGAAGCUUGGGGGAAGCAGAGACUGCAUGCCCAGGUCUGCCUUGCCCUCCAAUCCACGACUCCUGAGGUCGUGAAGACUACCUCCUGCCCAGCACCCUUAUUGCAGGCAUCGGUACAGAGUGGCAUACCCUCGGCGUUGUGGAAGCUCGGAGUGACUGGGGGCACAGGAAGAGUGUCGGGGAGAGGAAGUGAUGAUACGCAUAGAUGGUCUGUGCAAAUGAACAUAUACUUUGUUGGGAUUGGAGGGAAGUCUUAUUUCCAAGGAGCCUACGAUGAGGGCUGGGACCCAGAGGUGAAUAAAUUAUUAUUUUAUUGUCA